AUGUCUGGUCAAGAAGAUGAGCCACCUACAAAGCGCAGAAACACUGGCUCGAAGCACCCCGAGAUCGCCAGAAACCGGCUAUUGAACCAGGAUCAUGAUGACGCUUUCCGUGAAAAUGGUAUCAACGAAGAAGAAGCCGACUCUUCACCCGCAUCGUCUUCAUCAGGGUAUUCUCCACCUUGGAGAGCUCAACAGCGCAUGCGGAUGACCCAUCAAACGAGAUAUGGAGACGGGAGAGAUGUGGAUGACACCACCGACGAAGAAGAAACAACAUCAUCCUCGGAAUCUUCAGAAACCGAUGAUGACGAGAUAUCCGAGGCGGAAGAGUCCGAUGAAAAGCAUGAUAAUGUUUGGAUAAAGGGCCCCAGGGUUUCGGCUCCUUCUACGCUGUCUACAACCUUCACCGGAAAUGAGGGAUCGAAUCUCAAGUCUCGCCUGCAAAACUUCCUUCCACAGCUUCAGCAAGCAAAUGCCGAACUCGAGAAUGCAGCCGGCCUACAAGAUCAGAGAAUCGACCACGUUUCCGACAACCAGGAAACGUAUAUCGAGAUGAAUCUGAGUUUAGGCGUGCUGAGUGAGCAGAAGAGGGGAAAACGAGACCACGUGAGGGUUAAUGAUUCGAGCACGGAAGAAGAGGGAGAUGCCGACAAUGCUAUUGAUGAGAACGAACAGUCCAAUGCAGGAGGAUCUGAAGACGUGUUGGCGCGACUGAAAGGAGAGACCGUGUCGAGAGGCGCGAAGAGGAAGAUUGAGGAACUGGGUUGA